GGUGUUUCGCUUGGCAGGAACCACAUUGAAAUAUAGCACGGCGUUUCACCCGCAGACUGAUGGACAGUCUGAGGUCCUUGACUGAUGUUUGGAGACGUAUCUGCGGUGUUUCUUUUCGUCUCAUCCUCGGACAUGGCAUUCAUAUUUGGCGUGGGCCGAGUUAUGGUACAAUACCACGUAUCAUAAGUCUUUAAAGACAAUGCCGUUCAAGGUUGUUUAUGGGAGAGAUCCUCCACCUAUUUUGCGUUUUGAGAAGGGAUCUACUUCUAACUUUGAAUUUGAGCAGGCCUUGAAAGAGAGAAAUGAUAUGUUGCAAUAUCUUAAGAAAAAUCUGUUGAGGGCGCAAGAGAUAAUGAAGAAUCAAGCUGAUAAGUCUCGUAGGGAUGUGGAAUUGAAAGUGGGUUCAAUGGUGUAUCUCAAACUUCAGCCCUAUAGACAGAACACGAUGGGGAGACGUUUUUGUCAGGAGUUAGCGGCCAAGUUCUAUGGUCCAUAUACAUCCAGUCUUACAAGUUCUAUGGUGUUGGAACGUGUGGGGAGUACGGCUUACAAAUUGCAGUUACCACCGGAGGCUCGUAUACAUCCAGUCUUUCACGUGUCGCAGUUGAAAUUGGCUUUGGGAGUACAUGAGCAGAGUGAAGUGUUACCUCCGGGCUGUAUUGUCGAUAGUGAUGUUCCUGUUGAACCAGAGAAUAUAGUGGAUACUCGCUAUGGUCCGAAAGGAGUUGGAGUUAUUGAUCAGGUGUGUUGGGAAUUCAUCUUUGGAGGAUUCUUGGAUGGAUUAUAUGGAAUUUACUUCCUGUUUUCCAGAUUAUCAGCUUGAGGGCAAGCUGAAUUUCGAUGGGAGAAGUAUUGAUAGAUACAAGAGAGUGUAUUAUCGCAAGAAGAAGAACAAAGGAGGGAAAGAUGAGGCUGGUGAGGUGGCUUUAGCCACGGAAGAGUGAUUAAAAUAAAGAAGGGAGGAAGCUUUGGUUUCGAAAAGAUUCUUUCAAGUAUUUGAAUAAAAGGAAAGGAGGGGAAAGCUUCAGCUUCAUCUAGAGUCUUUUCAGUUAUAGAUUUUAAAUAACAUCUCGUUAUUCAGUUGAAGUUUCAUGCUUGUAUUGUUGAGUGUAGAAGACGAUAUGAGUCUCUGCUUCUCGUUCGCUAUGAGGAUGAUGACGAGUGGUCAAUAACUAUGAUAUUGAUUCACGAGUUGUACUUACAAGUUUGAUUCAAUACUUAAUUCAAUUCUUAAAGUUCGUUACAAGGAUUUCUAAAAUAUAUAUCAGAGUACCGUUUCAAAACAUUUAUCAUAAACAUAACCUUUAAACUUUAAAUUUAAAUAUUUUAGUUCACAUUUUAAAUAAAUUCAAACUGUGUAAAAUAAAUUUUAUAUUGUCCAACAUAUAAAUUAAUAAAAUAAUACAUCAAAUUUAUAUUCAAAUGUACCAAAUAUAAGCUAUUAAAUAACAUAAGAAGAGAAAAAAAAUAAACACUGCCAUUCACAAUAAUAUAACUCUACACGGAUCGUCAUCAUUACCGUCGGAUUGAUCGCAAUUCAACGGACAAAAUAGAGUAGAAAGAUAAUUACAAAAAUCUGAUUUGUCAAAAUGAAUUGACCAAUAAGGGGUAAGGAUGAGGAUCACACUCUCUUUUGACCAAAGCCGUUGAUUAAGUAAAUCUAAUGGACCAAAAUGAACAAGAUGAAAAGAUGUAUUUCUUCAUCUCUCUCCUCUUACCCCUCGUAUUCUUCUCUUCCACUUUCUCUAUCUCUCAUCUUCUUCUUAUGCCUUAAACAAAAUCGUCUCAACCACCAUCACCAUAAACGAAUCAGUGUCAACCCCCAUCACAAUAAACAAAAUCUGUGUCAAUCCCCAUCAGCUCAAACAAAAUCUGUCUCAAUCCCCAUCAGCUCAAACAAAAUCUGUCUCUAGCCAAGAUUUCAAGACACAGUGGAUUUCGACGAGAAGAACAAGUUGAUUUAUGAGAGAUGCUAUUGUCGAGUAAGCGAGCAGAAACUCCGGAGGACCUGUGCCGUAGAAGGUGUUGGAGGCUAAAGAAGGUUGAUUGUGGUGGUCUCGGCGUAAACAGUGGUGGUCUCGACGUCGACAAUGGUGACAGCAAGGUGGAGGAGGCUGAAGAAGCUUAACUGUGGUCUUGGCUGGGUCUCGGCGUCAAAAAGGAGUGCGGCGGAGAUUGAAGAAGAACGUGGUUUUGUUAGGUUUAGUUAGGUUUAGUUAGGGUUAGUUAAUAAACCGGGUAUGUAUGUAAACCAGUUUUUAUAAUAAACCGAUAUCAUUUGUAAACCAAAAAUUUAAUAAUAAAUAAUUUAUUCUCAAA